AUGGAGAAGGAGAUUGAAAGCUUGUAUGAUUUCGUGAAAACUAUGUACGGGAGGAGGUUCAAAGAACUAGAGUUAAUGGUGAGGGAUCCAUUAGAUUAUGCGCGGCUAGUGAAAAAGAUUGGGAACAAGAUGGAUCUUAGUGAAGUUAGUCUGGAAGAUCUUCCAGCUCCAACAGCGCUGGCGAUUUCGAUGCUCUUCUCGACAAUGGACAUGCCAACACUGGAGGACUCUGAUUUGCAGCGCGUGUUAGAUGCAUGCGAUAGGAUUAUCGAGCUCACGGAGACAAGAAAGGAGGUUUUAGGGUUCUUGGAGAGCGAGACGAGCUCUGCCGCUCCAAACUUGUCAGCCAUUCUGGGGAGCUCCAUAACCGCAAAGCUCAUCGAAGAAGCUGGCGGGCUCGUGUCGCUGGCUAGCAUGCCGGCAUGCAACGUAAAGCUUCUAGGCAGGGAGGAGAUCGACGAUCUAUUAGGAUUCUCAUCAGCGACGGUGAAGAACAAUGGGAUGGGGCAUGUUUUCGAGUGUGAGAUUGUACAGUCCACGCCACCGCCGCUUCGAAACAGGGCGUGUCGCCUCGUUUGCUCAAAGGCAGCAUUAGCAGCUCGUGUGGAUGCUACCACGACGAUCAACAGCACUAAAGGUGGCGAGAUUGGGAGAGCUCUACGCGAGGAGAUACUUAAGACGAUCAACAAGUGGCAAGAGCGGCCACUUCUAAAGUCCGCCACGCCCUUGCCAGUUCCCCGGGUUGGAGAAUCAAAGAAGAAACGCGGCGGGAGGAGGCUUCGCAAGACCAAGGAAAAAUAUAAGAUGACCAACUUGAGAAAGCUCGCCAACAGAAUAACGUUUGGUCAUUAUCUAAAGGUAAAAGAAAGUUUUGGACCCGUCAGACUGCCCGCCCGGCCUUCACAACCGAGCAAGCUCGGAGUGAACGGUCAUCUAUGGGCCGCAUGGCACAAUAGCACCAAGCACCCGUACGGUCGCGCUCAAGCCGGUGGGCUCUCGGACUCAUCGUCCGGGCAUAUCGGUUUGUCUAUACCUCUGGGUAUGGACUGA